GUAACACCGUCUUGAAAAGGCCUUCUCAAAUUGUUCGCUUGUUCUCUGCCAUUGAUUUUCGUCGAUUGCACCGGCAUUGGCCCUGCGCAGAAAUAUUAUGGACACUUUGGAAAAUGGAAGUCAAAGCUCGGGUUGUCAGUUACUUCCGCGUUGAUCCCGGAAGGGCGAAGCUCCAUGAACAUCACCGGCCGUUGCCCGAACCCCUCAUUCCCGUCGGCUCUUAGAGCAACAACGACUAGAAGACGCCGGAUCUCGGAUUAACUGGGGCAAUUUGGGCUGGUAUAAAUCAAGAUGUAACCAUUUGUCAUCCCAAGUCCAGCUUGGAGAAAUCCAAGCUUGUCUCAAACUUGCAAUUCCCAUCCUGUUACAACAACCUCUUCAGUGGUGUUAGGCGCUGAGAUAGCCUGGAUCUGCGACCCUACCUUGAAUACCUCUAAGCAGAGAUAUCUUACAGGAGUAAUAAGUGCCGGGACGAGCAGCAAAAAUGGCUCCGAGAUUGUUUUUUAUCGGAUUGGGGAACAUGGGACGGGGCAUGGCCGCAAACAUCGUGGAAAAAGCGAACCUCGACCAGCCGCUUCUGAUCUAUAACCGUACCAAGCAAAGGUGCAUCGAACUCAGCGAGAAGCUUCCCGCCGGAAAGACGGAAAUCGUUGACUCCAUUGCAGAGGGCGCGAGCAAGGCGGACAUCAUCCUCAAUAUCCUCUCCAACGACGCGGUGGUGGAAGCAUCCAUCGCUGAGAUUCUGAAGAAUGACGUCAAGGGGAAGCUCAUCAUCGAGUGCUCUACCAUUCAUCCGGAUACGACCGAGAAGAUUGCUCAGCAAGUUGAGGACGCGGGAGCCCAAUUCGUUGCGGCUCCUGUCUUCGGUGCUCCAGCCAUGGCGGACGCUGGUCAGCUCGUUGGUGUCCUGGCAGGACCCAAGGCUUCGGUGGACAGAGCUAGGCCGUAUUUCAAGGGCGUCACAGCCAAGGCCGAGAUCAACAUGAGCGACGAACCUUACCGAAAGGCAUUGACGCUCAAGCUCAUCGGGAACUCCUUCGUUAUCAAUAUGGUUGAGCAACUCGCCGAGGGCCACGUCCUAGCUGAGAAGUCCGGGUUGGGCACGGACUACUUGCAUCAGUGGAUCGAGGGCAUGUUUCCGGGUCCCUAUGCGGCCUAUUCGACUCGGAUGCUCACGGGAGAUUAUUACAAACGGGAAUACCCUCUCUUCGCCGUUGAUCUUGCGAGGAAGGACGCAGGCCAUGCGAUGAGCCUUGCAAAGGAGGGGGGUGUGAGGUUGCACAAUGUGGAAACGGCCGAUGCUCACCUUGCUGAGCUCAAGGCGCAUGUUGGGGAGAAGGGUGAUAUUGCUGGUAUCUAUGGGGCGGUCAGGAUGGAGAACGGCUUGCCAUAUGAAAACAAGUAAUUGUGGAGUUGUAUGGGUUCUAGAAGUCUGGUUGUCUAGAUAUUCGAAAUAUGUUAUCAGAGAGUAGCUCUGUCGAGAAUCGAGACUCGGGUGGGAGAUGUGACAUACCUCUAAAUAUGGACCCGCUCGAC